UCUCUCUCUCUCUCUCUCUCUCUCUCUCUCUCUCUCUCUCUCUCUCAAACAACACAAUUCAAUCGGCAAAUUCUCCUUCGUUCACAGUAAUGGAUUCCUGAUGCGAACUAUUUCUCUCUAUCUUUUGUAACAAUUCACUUUCUUCUCUCUCCUCGUUUAACUCCACUCUUUCGCAUCACAUUCGAUGAGUGAAACUAAGAUGUUUUGAGUGUAGAUCUCUCACAAGGAUUUCGGUUUUGGUUGGAAGCAAUUGAUUGCAACUGAUUUUGCUUUCUGAUUUCGAAAAUGUUUGACAGUAGUUUUAUUUCGAGGAAAGGAGUGGGUUUUGCGUGUGGCCGGAUGCGAGACAACUUUGCUUGCGGAAAGGUCUUUUAUAUGGAUUUAUGCGAUUAUUUUCUAUACCGUUAAAAACAUUGCGUGGAGCUAGUCGGUCGUUGAGAGUAGAUCAAUUUUGCAGUGUAGUGAAUCUAUCUUCCACACUGCAGAUUGAAUUGGUUCCGUGCCUUAGGGACAGUUAUGCAUAUCUUUUACAUGAUGUGGAUACGGGGACAGUUGGUGUUGUUGAUCCUUCCGAAGCUGCGCCUAUUAUAGAAGCUUUGAGUAAGAAAAAUCUAAAUUUGACUUACAUACUGAACACCCACCACCAUCAUGAUAUCACUAGUGGAAAUACAGAGUUGAAAGAAAGGUACGGGGCUAAGGUAAUUGGAUCAGAAAUAGACAAGGAAAGAAUUCCUGGUAUUGAUAUUUAUUUGAGUGAUGGAGAUAACUGGAUGUUUGCAGGUCAUGAGGUGCAUAUAUUAGCUACACCUGGUCACACUGAAGGUCAUGUAUGCUUCUACUUUCCAGGAUCGGCAGCAAUUUUUACUGGAGACACCUUGUUCAGCUUAUCAUGUGGAGAGAUCUUUGAAGGAACCCCUGAACAGAUGCUAUCUUCUCUUAAAAGAAUAAUGUCGUUGCCGGAUGAAACAAGUAUUUACUGCGGUCAUGAAUAUACAUUGAGUAAUUCAAAGUUUGCCUUGUCCAUAGAACCAGAAAACAAGGAACUUCAAUCCUAUGCUGCCCAUGUAGCUCACAUUAGAAAUAAGGGCUUGCCCACGAUUCCAACUACGCUUAAGAUGGAAAAGGCUUGCAAUCCAUUCCUUCGCACAUGGAGCAUGGAAAUCCGGCAAAAGCUAAAUAUUGUAGCCACCGCAGAUGAUGCAGAAGCCCUGGGUGUUAUUCGGCAAGCAAAGGAUAAAUUUUAGAAUUUCUUAAUUAAAUUUUAAAAUUCUAAAAGAUACUUAUUCUGUAUAGAUUAGGUUCAUGAAUCCAUCAAUGGAAUAAUAUUUACUUGGUGAUAUCGUAAUAUAAUUUUUUAAAUUUUCUUCGGCUUCA